UAAAAUAUGGCGUCGUAGGAAGUCUGUUGUUGUCUGAAAGAAAGUGGCAACAAACGGAUAUGCAAAUAACCACGCAUGUAGUGACUAAAACAUACCAGUUAAAAGGCAGAUAAAGUGACCGUGGUUAUGAACCGCGAUGUUGAGAUCUACGGGUUUUUUUCGUGGGAUUGACUGCCCGUUUUAUUGUGAGCGUAAUAAGGGAAAAGCCGGUGUAGAUGGGUGCACCAGACCCUACUGUCACUUCAGACACAGCAAACAAAGACGAGGCUCCUCUGGGAUAUACGACAUCAAAAAGACUAAAGCGCUUUCUGCGAGUCCAAACGAUCAAGGAUAUGAUCCAUUCAGUCCAGAGGUUGUAAGACCGGGUAAACAUUAUAAUGGGGAGCCACCGUCGAGCCUGUCGACGGGACAGGAUGUGGACCUGGGCACCAUGGAGCUGGAGUUGGUCAAUCGGGCCAUUGAGGCUGUUCGCAAUGAGAUGGAAAGGGACAAGAAGAAGCUUUCUCGGAUCGGCGAUCAGGAAUAUGAGCCGACCACAAGCUCUGUUAAGAGACCGAAACCCACUGCAUCAUCCCAUCAGGGCUACGAUCCUGGGAGCUAUCAAAUGGGCCAAGCUAGUGAAUACACCCCAUCCCCUCGCUCCAGCAAAUACACUUUGGACUCCGAGAACAGCAGUACCAAUGCACUGGAAUAUGUGCCCACUGCUGUCUCCAAAACAAGCAUUAAAAAGGCAUUACCUCCACCACCGUCCCGUGUAAAGUGUAAAUACACUCUGGAUAAUUCCAAACCAACCUCAGACAUGGAGUACGACCCUCUCUCGAACUAUUCAGCUAAGCCGACUGUUAAAGAACAGAGGACUUUGUGUUCAGAGGGAGAGGGGAGAAAGAGGUUUUACCCUGAAAAACAAGGGGAAGAUGAGGAAUACGUUCCAACGGCGAAGAAACCUAGGUCGACGUUACCUAAGGCAGAUGUCCCGAAGUACACUGCAAGUUUCUCUGAAUCUGAUGAGGAAAGUUCUGGGACAGAGUAUCGCCCGACAUCCAUAAGCCGAAUGCAGCGCAAGGGAAUCAACAUCAGCUUAAAACAGGAACAAGUGUCAGGUGUGAAGGGACAGCAAAGAAAUCAGGUGUCUAAAACUGACAAUGUUUUCUCACAGAGCGAAUCAGAUGAUGUGGAGUCCCAGGAUGUAGACUGGACAGACAAAAAGAUGCCUGUGAGUCAGUUGAAAAAUAUACAAUCUGAUAAACUGAAAAAAGAGGAGCAAGAAUCCAAUAAGAAGACUCAAAGUUCAAGUGCAGACAAGACAUCGAAGAAUUUAAGUCAAAAAGACAAGAACCAAAGUAAAAGUGAGGACAGAGUCAGUAAGUCCAAGGAAAAGCUGCGGAAAGACGGAACGAAGUCAAAGAGUACUGAGGAAAAGAACAAGAAGAUAGUUAAGAUAAAGAAUGAACAUAGCCACAAGGAAAAAGAUAGAGGAAGUGGUGACAUCAAGAAGCCCAAAAUGGACAAGCCUGUGAAAACCAAUAAGGUGUCGUCCAAAAUCAAAGACCAGAAGAAUGGUAAACUUGAGAGCAGCACAAAGGACAAGGACAAAAAGAAAAGCAGCCAUGGGAGCAGCAGCAGCACUAAAGACAAAAGCAAAAAAAGCAGCUCAGUUGUUGAUCCCAAAGAGGCAAGUGAGGCCAAACAGAGGAAUCUGAGCCACAUUGACUUGUUCGGUGCUGAGAGUGCUGAAGAGGAUGAGGAAGACGAGAGGAUAGUGAGGAAGUCAGCUUCUGCUUUUAAACGGGGAAGCCUCAUGAAGAAUAAGAGGAAAACGUCUGAAGAUACAUCAUCAUCAUCGGAGGAUGACUCUGAAGUGGAUGAUGACGAUGAUGGUGGUGGUGAUGAAGCAGUGGACUACUCCUGUCUGCAGGAUGAGAUGGAGUAUGACUCGGACCCGAUGGAGGAGUGUCUGCGGAUAUUUAACGAAUCCAAAGAGGUGAAGACGGAAGAUAAAGGGAGACAAGCUAAGCAGUCCGAGUCAUCGCUGAACGCUGUGCCGAUGCUGCAGCGGAGAAUGACAGCGCAGGAGAUCUGUUACCAGCGCAUACAGAAGGCCCAGCAACAGGCAGUACAGCUAGCUGCUGCAGUAAAGGCAGCGUCUGCAUCGACCAACCCAAAACUGGGGCUGUCUGGAGAGAAACGGCGGGUGGCACACCGGCCAAACGCCUCCUUGCCCUCCUCAAAGCCUGGGCUAGCUGAUGCCAGCAGUCGGGUGUUGUCACCCACCAGGGUGGCGACCGAUCAGCUUUCAGUCAAAGCUCAUACAUCGACAGGCAUCCUGUCAAAGACCACAUCCACUACAGUGCAGAAAAGAGUGGCGCACACCCCCACCAUGAAGAGCUCUGCCAUGAAGCGUCCUGUCAUUCCUGCAGAUUUUGGGGCCAAGGUGCCCACUAAUGUCCGCCAGCGUUACCUAAACAUCUUCAUUGAUGAGUGCCUGAAGUUUUGUUCCUCUGAACAGCAAGCUUUUCAGAUGGCUCUGGAGGAAGAGAAGGUGGUGUAUGACAGGAGCAGCAGUAAGAACAUCUACCUGAAUGUAGCUGUGAACACACUGAAGAAACUUCGCAGCAAGAGCACACCUACGUCUCCUGUCAUCAAGAGCCCAGCUGUAUCUGUGAAUAGAAAGUCUCAGUCCCAUGAAGGAGUACUUGGUGGAAGACUUGCUGCCACAACCAGCUACACAAUCAACCGCUCCGGUAAACAGCAGGAUGUGGACCCUAAAGGUGCCAUUCUUUACAAAAAACAGAAAAAAUAUGCAAUGACUGAAGAACAGCUGCAGGAGCAUGGCUACCCCAGACCUCACCCCGAGAUGUCGGGUCACGCUGUUGUCCAUAACCAACCAGAGAAGAAAAACAAUGACCCUUUUUCCAAAAUCUGUUGUCGAUGUGGCGCCGAGUACAAGAUAAACGCUAAUGGCAGCUGUGUGCGUAAGGAGGAGUGCAGUCACCACUGGGGAAGAUUACGCAGAAACAGAGUUCCAGGAGGUUGGGAGACACUUUACAGCUGCUGCUCUGGUGCAGUUGGUUCUCCUGGAUGUGAAGUGUGUAAACAACAUGUACAAGAUGGCCGUAAAGAGUCCUUGGAUGGUUUUGUGAAGACUUUUAGCAAACCGUUGCCAGUAGAUGGAAAUGGAGGUGUCUAUGCCUUGGACUGUGAGAUGUGCUACACAAAGCAAGGUUUGGAGCUGACCAGAGUAACCGUCAUUAACUCUGACCUCAAGGUUAUCUAUGACACAUUUGUCAAGCCAGGCAGCAGAUUGGUGGAUUACAACACACGGUUUUCAGGUGUGACACAGGAUGAUCUGGAGAACACCACCAUCACCCUGAGAGAUGUGCAGGCGGUGCUGCUGAGCAUGUUCAGUGCAGAGUCCAUUCUAAUUGGACACAGUCUUGAGAGUGACCUGUUUGCGCUCAAGCUUAUUCACAGCAUGGUUGUGGACACCGCUAUUGUGUUUCCUCACCGCCUGGGUCUGCCCUACAAACGUGCCCUGCGAAACCUUAUGGCCGACUACCUCAAACGCAUUAUACAAGACAACGUUGGAGGGCACGACUCCAGUGAAGAUGCCCGGGCCUGCAUGGAACUCAUGAUCUGGAAGAUCAAAGAGGAUGCCAAGGUGAAGAGAUGACCUCUGACCCUGCCAGUUGUCUCACACUAUGUUACGACCUGGAAUGAUUUUCGAUGAACAGAGCGUCAUAGAGGAAGAGUCACUGAAGCUCUUCAUAAUAGGCCGUGCGUCACUUGGGUCGGAUAAACUGCGUCAGAGUAAAUGCUGCAGUUUGAAUGAAGGGGGAAAGAAAGAGAUGGACUGACACAAAGGGGAGGAGACCUGGACGGAUAAUGUGAUAGAUUGCAAAGCCUAGACCACCAUGGCACCUAGCAACCAGAGCUAGUGCCCUAUCAAACAAGCAAUCCUAAUUCCCACCAUGCUAAAACUGACCUAGUAAUGGCCAAUAUUAUGACAAGUGGACAUAGAUUGGGGUGAGGGUAAUUAACCUUUUGUUGAGUUAAAGUAUUCUCUAUUUUUUUCAUCAGUAUUUUUACUUUUUCAAAGACCCUAGUCCCCCAAAUCAUCGAUUGUGAUGGUGUUUUAAUUUUCACUUUAGGUGAUGUGGCUCCUGGAAGGUCUAUGUGUUGCACUCUAAGGUUGUUUGUGAUAUAGAUGUAUAUUAAAUCCACAAUUAUACUUGAAACCAUGUUUUUUCAGCACUGAUGUGAUGUCACUUCCUCUAGUAAUAAUGUAUAGCAAUCCACAUACUCAAAAACAGUGUCUUGUCUAGCUGCGAAUAUGUAAAACUAGAUCACUUUGGCAUUUUCAUGAUCCAAUGCCUUGUAAACCAGACUCAGUAUUCUUAUCUGUACUCAAAUUAGUACAGUUUGUUUAUGCGUUCAAAUUUGUUGAUUUAUUUUUGUGAUUUUACACACAAAUCAUGAGCAGA